UGAAAGAGCGGUAAUCAACAAUAACGGUGAGGGUGGAGCGUAAUGCAAAAACUGUGUCAAACAGUUGGCAAGGAAGCACGAAUAAAGCUCCAGUAGUGAAAACAGCAAAUGGAAAGAGCUCAAAAUUACGAAACCAUAAAUUGAUUUUAUUCAAGCGCCUAUGGUUGAUUAUUCCAUUAGUUGCUGUGCGUGCGAUUGUUACUUAUGAAUAUAAACGUAAGCUGCGUGCUGCACUACCUAGUCCAAAAUGUUAACACUGUAUUACGUGAGCGCCACAUUGGUGCAGUCCUGGCGCAUUCAAAGAACAUGUAAAAAGAUUACGGAACAAUUGGCGCAAUCAGCAAGCAUUGCAUUUUAUACGCUACAGCCAGGUGGCGAGGAUGGUUUUGAUGCCACCUUUGCUAGCUCUGAGUUGUGCGGGAAUCGGAAUGCGGCCAAGGUAACGGAUAUUUUGUGGUUACAUGGCAACCAACGUGGUUGCUGCUUGCACCCAGUUCAAACAUUGCAGAUUACGCCUUGGAUUAGCUUUCCAGCUGCACCCAGCUGGUUGCCAUUUGCCUAUGCAUCCGAUACCUUAAGCCCUGUGACGACGCCAACAGACAACAAGCUGCAGCCCAGAGUAACUUUAUCAACAGAUUCAAAGCAGCAUUUGCAAUUGCUGUUGGAGGCACGCUUAGAGCCUCAAGGCGAUGCGGACUCGUUGGAAACUCUGGCUGUGCGGCUGGAAGAUUACGGUAAGCUUAUAGCAUGGAAGGUAGAUUCACACCUGGCAGUACUUAUCGAAACCGAUGUUCAACAUUUCACUCAACUUUUAAUAAUGACAUUUUUACAAAAUAAUUUAUGCAUAAAUGAUAAGUUGCCACUGAUAAGGAUUGAGUCUGUGUUGCGUGAAGGUAAUCCGCAGCCUUUCGAAUUGCUAACUAAUCAUGUUAAGCGUCAGUCGCGUAAUUCUGCUGAGAUCGGUGCAGAGAGCUGGCAAAAACACUUGGAGGACUUGCGCGCAUUGGGAGUGCUGGCUCAUCAAGCCAAUGAGUUUGAGCAGCAAAAGCAACGUACCGAGAGUAAGCUGGGAAUGCGUUCAAUGGAGCAAUCGCCUGUUGGAAAUACUAAGGCAAUAGCUGUUGUGGAGCCCACCACCAAGGCUACGUCUCCUGCCAAAGUAACGGCAAUAAAGCCGCUGCCCAGCGAGUUGGAAAAAAUUGCUGCUUCAAAGGCAAAGCCAAAGCCAGCUGAGGAUAGUAACAAACCAAUAGCUGCACCGUCAACGCCAGCGCCAAGAAAAACUACUCCCACCAAAACGUUUGUUGCAGUUGCUCCUACUUCACCACCGCCAGUGUCAGCAUCGCAAGGUGCCUCUGGGUCACGACCACGUCCCAUAUUGCGCCGUAACAAGGAUAGCCUAGGCGAGAGCAAGCCGUUGAAUGUGCUGGUUUACUCGGACAGUAGCAGCGCUCGGGAUUCAGUAAUUAAUACUCUAGAACAACUGCUGGAACGUGAUGUGUACACUGUGUACGCACUAACGCCACAAGAAGCUGUUAAAAAAUUUUGGCUGGAGCAGACAGCUUUGCUGGUAGUCUGUGGCUCUGUAUCAACGUCAGUGGGACAGAUACUUGUGGACUACUUUCUACAUGGUGGCAAGGUUUUGAGUCUCUGCUCUGAUAUACUUCAUUUCGUUUUACCCAACUAUCGCACGGCGGAGGUGCGAGAGCACGAGUUGGUGCAGUUCUCCUAUGACAAGUGGCAGCGUGUAAAAAUGAUGCAUCAUAUUUUCUGCUAUCAGCCAUCGCCGGUAAAGAAACACUUCUCCUCUGAUAGCGAAGAGUCAACCGUUGCAACGCAUUCGCGAAAUCCAGCUUUAGUAUGUCCAAGGUCCAUGGAAAUGAAAGAUCUGAUUGGCCAUAAUCACAAACUGGAUGUGCAAGUACUGGGCAGCGAGGAAACUUGGAACACGCCCAGCAUAGUGCUGGCCAAUAGCUUACAAAGUGGCGGCAAGGCUAUAUUCUCCCAGGUUCAUUUGGAGACCAGUCCCAGUGAGUUUGAGUUUGACGAAGUCAAGUGCUCCAUCUUGAAGCAAAAUGAGCGCACACGUCUGGAGAUCUUUGCGCAUCUAUUGCGCAAGUAUUUGGAUGUGGAUGUGCAGAGUACACAAACUGCAGCUGGAGCAGCACCUGGAGCUGGCAUUGUCUAUAAGCAAGCAUAUUUCCUGGGUCGUCAUGAGUCUAAAUUCGAGUUGCUUGAAAAAUUGGGUUCCCGCUGCAGUGGCUCCGAGAAUGUUAUUGUAACACCAAAGCUAACGCUGAAAUUCUGUGGCCGAGAUGACAAGCCACCAACAGCAAGCACAAAUCUCUUGCCUAUUCUAAUACAUUCCUGCCCAGAUGAUUUCUCAACUGUGGAUUAUUUCGACUGCUUAAAAACGGAACACAUUGGUCGAUUGGUCAUCUAUGCGCCUGUCAUAAGCAGCUCGAUGAAUUUGAUUAAUGAUCUGGAGCUAAUGCAUGGCAUUGUAGUGCUGCCACUGCAGCAGACAGCAGGCAUGGGUCGCCAUAAUAAUCAGUGGCUGAGUCCUUUGGGCUGCGCCAUGUUCUCCACACAGUUGCACAUUAGCAUGGAUACGCCUCUGGCACAGCGUCUGCCUUUGUUGCAACAUAUUAUUGGCGCCGCAAUUGUAAACACACUACGUUCUCAUCCACAAUAUAGGGUUCUGGAUAUAGCGCUUAAAUGGCCUAACGAUAUUAUAGCCAACGGCAACAACAAAAUCGGCGGACUUGUAGUCAAUACCAUUUUACAAGGAUCCCAAGCUAUUGUAAACAUUGGAAGUGGUAUUAAUCUCAACAAUUCGAAGCCUACAGUAUGCAUUAAUGAUGUCAUAACGCAGUACAAUAAUCGCCACCCAGCAGCUAAUUUACCUCAGUUGAAGUAUGAACAAUUUAUGGCAUUCAUCUUUAACGAGAUCGAACGAAUAUUAGCCAUUGUGCAAAAUGGCCAUUUUGAUUACUUCUAUAAUUUAUAUUACGAUCUUUGGCUGCAUGGUGAACAAUCUGUGAGGAUUUGCUUGAAAAACGAUGAGGAAAAGGAUGCCACAAUUGUUGGCAUAGAUGACUAUGGGUUCUUGAAAGUGAAACUGGCCAGUGGAGAGAUCGAGACGGUACAGCCGGAUGGUAACAGCUUUGAUAUGUUGAAAGGGUUGAUUGUACCCAAAUACCAUUAGAUAGAAAAACUUAAAAACUUCUUUAUUUACAUGCAUAUGAGUGCUACUAAUAUUACUAAUUCCAGUUUGUAACGCCAGGUGUAUUUAGGUAAUUAUAUAUGCAAUGAAUUUCACUGUAAGUGACACUUAAUAUCGAACAUUAGUAAAUGUUAUUUCGAUCUUUAAUAACACUGCCAAAUUAAGGUGUUUUGCUAGUUAUUCCAAAAUUUAUAAGUGUUUACAUUGAGUCAGAGUCACUAUAUUAACAGUUUUUCUUGAUUAACAAGUCAAUAUUUAUGAAACUAUAUGUGUUAU